AUGGUUGAGGGAACAAGUGAAGCGGCAAAUGCUGACGCUCAACCGAAAUCCGCGAAGCAGUUGGAGAAAGAGGCCAAGAAAUUGGCAAAAUUAGAAAAAUUCAAACAGAAACAAGAAAAAAAAGAAACUCUCCCCUCAGUUGCAAAGAGCAAAGAAAAACCUGAGAAAAAUGAAAAGAAGAAAGAUCCAAAACAAUCAGCAGUCUAUACAACCAAUACACCUAAAGGUGAAAAAAAAGAUGUAAAAUUAGCAAUGCCAGACGCUUACAGCCCAAAAUUCGUAGAAGCUGCGUGGUACUCUUGGUGGGAAAAGGAAGGAUUUUUCAAGCCAGAGUACGGCCGAAAAUCGAUCCUUGAACCUAAUCCCAAUGGAAAAUUUAUUAUGGUAAUUCCACCUCCAAAUGUUACUGGAUAUUUGCACUUGGGUCACGCGUUAACUAAUGCUGUUGAAGAUUCCAUUACUCGUUGGCAUCGGAUGAAAGGUAGAACAACUCUUUGGAAUCCAGGUUGUGAUCACGCAGGAAUUGCAACGCAGGUGGUGGUGGAAAAAAAGCUCUGGCGCGAAGAGCAAAAAACUCGACACGACCUAGGUCGUAAGAAAUUUGUAGAAAAAAUUUGGGAGUGGAAGAAUGAAAAAGGUGACCGGAUUUACGAGCAGAUGAAGAAGCUAGGUGGUUCAAUGGACUGGGAUCGUGCGUGUUUCACCAUGGAUCCAAAACUCUGUCGUGCCGUAACCGAAGCAUUUGUUCGUUUACACGACGAAAAGGUCAUUUAUAGGAGUAACCGGUUGGUUAAUUGGUCUUGUACUCUUAAGAGUGCAAUUUCUGAUAUAGAAGUCGAAAAAACAGAAUUGACUGGAAAAACUUUGCUUUCUAUCCCCGGGUAUAAGGAUAAGGUAGAGUUUGGUGUUUUGGUGCACUUUGCGUAUCAAGUUACCGAUACCAAGGAACGUAUUGUCGUAGCAACUACUCGAAUUGAGACGAUGCUUGGCGACUCUGCGGUAGCAGUUCAUCCGAAAGAUUCUCGUUAUUCUAAUUUGAUUGGCAAGCAUGUAAACCAUCCAUUUUGUGAUCGGUUACUUCCCAUCAUAGCUGAUGAGUUUGUAGAUAUGGAAUUUGGUACUGGUGCGGUUAAAAUAACACCGACUCACGACCAUAAUGAUUAUGAAGUUGGCAAGAGGCAUAAAUUGCCUUUUAUUACAAUUUUUGAUGACCAAGGUAAUAUUAUUAAUGGCGGAAAGUUUAACGGAAUGAAGCGAUUUGAUGCGCGAAAAGCCGUGCUCAAAGAACUUGAAACUCUAGGGCUUUUAGAGGAAAUUAAGGAUAAUCCUAUGAUCGUACCAAUAUGUAGUAGGUCCAAGGAUGUCGUUGAGCCAAUGAUAAAGCCUCAGUGGUAUAUUAAGUCCGACGAAAUGGCACUUGAUGCUAUUGAAAUAGUUAAAACUGGUGAGAUGAAGAUUAUUCCAGAGCAACACAAAAAAACUUGGUACCAUUGGAUGGAGGGGAUUCGUGAUUGGUGCAUCUCGAGACAACUUUGGUGGGGACAUAGGAUUCCUGCAUACUUGGUAAAAUUUACUGAUGAUAAUUUUAAACCCAAAAUUGACAACGAUGAUGACCUUUGGGUUAGUGGACGCAAUGAAGAAGAAGCUAAACGCAAGGCGGUGGAAAAGUUUCAAGUUGAUAUCAGUAAAAUAAUUCUGGAACAAGAUCCAGAUGUACUGGACACUUGGUUCUCGUCAGCGUUGUUUCCAUUCUCGGUGUUUGGAUGGCCGGAAGAAACUCCUGAAUUAAAAGAAUUUUAUCCGGGAAGCUUAUUAGAAACUGGACAUGAUAUUUUGUUCUUUUGGGUCGCAAGAAUGGUCUUCUUUGGUAGAAAACUCAUGGGAAAGAUUCCAUUUAAGGAGGUCUAUCUUCAUGCUAUGGUAAGAGACGCUCAUGGAAGAAAAAUGAGCAAGUCUUUGGGAAAUGUUAUCGAUCCGAUGGAUGUUAUAAAUGGAAUCACAUUGGAAGAACUUCAUCAGCAGCUCAAAGAGUCAAAUUUGGAUCAAAAAGAGUUGAAACAUGCAAUUGAAGGUCAAAAGAGAGAUUAUCCACAAGGUAUACCUGAGUGUGGUACCGAUGCAUUAAGAUUUGCGCUCUGUGCUUACACUUCUCAGGGUCGAGAUAUCAAUUUGGAUAUUCUGAGAGUUCAAGGGUACAGAUUUUUCUGUAAUAAAUUAUGGAAUGCCACUAGAUUUGCUCUUAUGUACUUGGGAGAUUUCAAAUAUGACGGUAAUAACGAGAAAAUAGAAGAAUUUGAUGAAGACUGGUAUAAAGUAUUGCUAAACGAAAAUUGUAUACAAGAGGCUGUUGAUAAUUAUUUGUCAGAGUACUCAUACUUGGAUGGCUAUACGCCUUCACAGGCGGAUGUUAAAAUAUCAAGGAUAAUUAGUAAUAAUAACAAUAACUGUAAUAUUGAGUUUAAAAAAUGGUUGCAUUUAAAAAGAUGGUACAAACAUAUUGUAAGUUACACCAGCUCAGAACAGUCAAACUUUCGUAAUGAUCACGCGGACAUAUUGUCGAGGUGUGCAUCUAGAUCCUCGAAUUCUCUGGGUGAAUUUCAGGUGCGCCUCACUGGUAAUGAGUCAAACAUUGAUAUGUGGAUGCUCUCGAGAGUGAGUUACGCAGCAAAAGUAUGCGAUGAAGGUCUUGCAGAGUAUGAUUUCAACGGAGCUACAACCGCGUGUUAUAAUUUAUGGCUGUAUGAUCUCUGUGAUGUUUAUUUGGAAUAUUUGAAACCAGUAUUCCAUAGUGGAACACCCGAGCAAAUAAUAUCCGCAAAACGUGUAUUGUUUAAAACACUAGACGUUGGAUUGAGAUUGUUGAGUCCAUUUAUGCCAUUUAUUACUGAAGAACUGUAUCAACGACUACCUCGCGUUAAAUUAAACUAUCCAAGUAUAUGUGUGAGUCCGUAUCCAACAACAAUAGAGUGUUCAUGGAGAAAUGAAGAGUUAGAGAAAGACGUCGAUUACGCCCACAAAAUUGUAAAACAGAUUAGAUCUGAGCGCGCUGAGUACCAAAUUCCAAAUAAAAUAAAAACAAAAGUGUACAUUGUAUGCGACUUUGUUAUGACAACCAAGUUGAAGCCUUACAAGCAAUUUAUUGAGACCCUAGCUUACUCUACUGUGAUAUCAGAAGCGCCUCAGUCAGGAUAUACCAUAAUUUCAAUAAAUGACCAGCUCAAGGUUCACUUGUUGAUCAGCGAAAUUGUCGAUACAACACAGGAAGUAAGAAAGCAAAAAAAAAAAGAACAACAACUCAAAGCGAUAAUUGAAAAAUUGGAACUAGCUAUGGCUGCUGAUGAUUAUUGCACAAAAGUCCCAACUGAAGUCCAAAAACAAAAUUCCGAAAAAUUAGCGAGCUCUAAAGCAGAGCUUGAACAACUGGAGCAGCAUGCUUUCCCAGCGUUAACGUUAAAAGAGUUAACAAUGUAA